GCGCUAUUGGCUGCAGGAAGGUAUGAGUGGAGGUCGCUUUGAGUUUGACGACGGCGGAGCUUAUUGUGGAGGCUGGGAGGGGGGCAAAGCCCACGGCCAUGGCAUCUGCACCGGACCCAAAGGCCAGGGCGAGUUCUCCGGCUCCUGGAAUUACGGCUUUGAGGUGGUGGGAGUGUACACCUGGCCCAGUGGAAACACCUACGAGGGAUACUGGUCGCAGGGGAAGCGUCAUGGUCUGGGAGUUGAAACCAAGGGACAUUGGAUUUACAAGGGGGAAUGGACUCAUGGCUUCAAAGGGAGGUACGGCACCCGUCUCAGUGUUGGCAGUGGAGCAAAGUAUGAAGGAACGUGGAAUAAUGGACUUCAGGAUGGAUAUGGCACAGAAACAUAUGCUGAUGGAGGCACUUUCCAGGGCCAGUUUACCGGUGGGAUGCGGCACGGCUAUGGGGUUCGUCAGAGUGUGCCCUAUGGCAUGGCAGCAGUGGUCCGCUCCCCUCUUCGUACCUCCUUGACCUCCCUUCGCAGUGAACAUAGCAACGGCACCAUCCUGCAGCAGGACAUCCCCAUUAUCACCACCACCAACGCCUCGGGUGAGGAGACACCUGUUACCACACCCACCCAUUUAGGACCAUCCCGUGGGGGCUUUGCCCUCACCCUCCAGGUGGACCCGGAGGCCAUCAAACCCAAGAAGAAGGGCCUGUUCCGCAGGGGCUCCCUGCUGGGUAAGUUGAAAAAAUCGGACUCACGCACCUCACUGUCCAGCCAGAAGAGCAAGAUCAGCUUCUUGAGGACCGAAUCUGCUCUCAGCUCCAACGCCAGCGACGCCAACUCCACCAUCAGUGGAGACGAGAGCCUGGCUGGAGUCGAUGAUUUCCCCCCUGUGGAAGCCGACAUCGACGCCACCACCACAGAGGUCUACAUGGGCGAGUGGAAGAACGACAAGCGAUCAGGAUAUGGAAUAAGUGAACGGUCCAGCGGGCUGAAGUACGAGGGUGAGUGGCUAGACAACCAGCGACACGGGUACGGCUGCACUACCUUCGCUGAGGGAGGGAAGGAGGAGGGCAAGUACAUGAACAACAUGCUGGUGAAGGCCAUGAAGAAGAGGGUGAUCCAGCUGAAGGGAACUAAGAUCAAGCAGAAGGUGGAGCGAGCAGUGGAGGGAGCCCAAAGGGCCGCAGCCAUCGCCAAGCAGAAGGCCGAGAUCGCCGCCUCCAGGACAUCUCAUUCAAAGGCCAAGGGAGAGGCAGCAGAGCAGGCCUCUCAGGCAUCCAACAGUGAGUCCAGCAUUGCAAGAUUGGUGGCCAAAGAACUUUCUCCUUCCUUCUACCAGCCAGGCCCCGAGUAUCUGAAGAAGAGAGCCUUACAGGAGGUGGUGGAGGGCAGUGAGAACACAGACACUGUCAUGCAUGAGCCGCUGCUCGCCGAAGAGGAGCCCCUGCCCACGCCACCUGAGAGCCCACUGAUGAAUGAACUGGACAGUCUCAUGCCUGGCUCGACCCCGGCCCGCACCCCGUCCCCCAGCCCGGGCAUCACCAACAAGGAGGACCCCAACUUCCUCAGUCCAAGAAGCUGGAACGGAGACAAAUCAAGUAGAGGUGUUGGCAGUAGAGGUGGUAGUAAACCCAACAGCAGGCCCAAUAGUCGCCCCACAUCCCCGUCAACUGCCGUUGCUGCUCCUGCCCCGGCAGCCCCUGAGGGCGGCCCCGCCCCCAGCAGCCGUGGCCCCUCUCGCACCCCCAGCCGACAGAGCAACAAGGCCGAGCAGGGCUCUGACAUGGAGAUCAAGCCCCUGCAGAAGUUUGACUCCGAGGCAAAAGCUUCAGACGCCGCUCCUGCUGCUUCUGCCUCUGUAAGGAAUAGCCUCAUCUCCCCGGAUGAAGAAGAAGCACCGCGCCCCGCCUCCAAAGUGGCCUCCAAAGCCGUCGCCCCUGAGCCUAAAAAAGCUGAGCUCAAACCUGAGCGAGCACCAUCCGUCCACGAACGAGCGCCAUCCGUCUCUGAGAGCAAAGCUGAAUCCAGAGAGGCGAGCAGGCCUGCCAGCAGAGUUGAGACAAAGCCAUCACCAAAACGGGAGCCCAGCCCUGCUCCAUCUCCAAAACCAGCACCUAGACUUGAACCUAAGCCGGUGGCCAAACCGGCGGAAGCAAAAGCCAUUGUUGCCAAGCCAGUUCCCAAACCAGCCCUGAAGGUGGAUCCCAAAGCUGAAGCCAGACUGAAGAGCAUGACGAGCUCAAUUAAUGAGGUGACUGCAGAGUCCUUGGAGUUGGAGGGGCCAAACACCAUCAUGAUCUGCAUGGUCAUCCUUCUGAACAUCGGUUUGGCCAUUCUCUUCGUACACAUUUUGUCAUGAGACACCGCCAACCAACUCAGGUCACCAGCAGCGUUGGAGAGAGAUGGCCUGCCUUUUCAGCAUGGACCAGAUCAAAGAGACUGCUGAGAAAAACAAAAGCCUUAUAAGGAUGCUCACAGCUCUUCCAAAGGUUUUUGUUGAUGUGACUGCAUGAGGCUCUGAUGAAGCCCCUCACUUUUCAGAGUUUUGAGAAAUAUCUGGCAUGCAGCUGAAGGACAUUGAACGACUGAAGUGAUCCAGUGCAUCUGAAUAAGAUGACGUAGAAGGACUCGGGGCGCUGUGUUUGUAUGUGAAAGGGGGAGCUGGAUGGUACAGUAUGUCUCAGUGCUU